UUUACAUAUAUUUUUACACUACAUCUGUAUUAGAUGCCGAGUGACCGCAGCAAGGAAAAUGGCCACAGCAUGGGAUUAAUAAAGCCGCCAACGGCACCAACGCAAAAUAUGCGGGGAUUGCGGGUCUACAAGAUCGUGAUCCUUGGCGAUGGAGGUGUUGGCAAAUCGGCUGUUACUUUGCAAUUCGUCAGUCACAGUUUCUUGGACUAUCAUGAUCCGACAAUUGAGGACUCUUACCAGCAACAGGCAGUGAUUGAUAAUGAAGCGGCACUACUGGAUAUACUUGACACUGCUGGGCAGGUUGAGUUCACGGCCAUGCGGGACCAAUACAUGCGUUGCGGCGAAGGUUUCAUCAUUUGCUACUCGGUCACCGAUCGCCACAGCUUUCAGGAGGCCUCCGAGUAUCGCAAAUUGAUUACACGCGUUCGCCUCACCGAGGACAUACCACUUGUGUUGAUAGCCAAUAAGGUAGAUUUGGAGUCACAGCGCCGUGUCACCACUGAGGAAGGCAAGAAUUUGGCAAAUCAGUUCGGCUGUCCCUUCUUCGAGACCUCCGCUGCACUGCGUCAUUACAUAGAUGAGGCAUUUUAUACGCUAGUGCGCGAGAUACGCCGCAAGGAGCUGCAAAAGGCGCUGGGCACCGAUAAUAGUUCAGAGAAAUUACAUUCAAGGCAUCGCAGUCGCUGGUGGCGCUUACGAUCCAUAUUCGCUUUGGUUUUCAGGCGUAGACGCAAUUUAAACUGAAGCGCUAAUGUUGGAAAUUCCUCAAACGAGUGCAAUAUUAAUCACUACAUCUAAAGCAUAAACUUAUAUUUAUUUGGCGAUAUAUGUAUCUAUAUAUAUACGAUCCGUAUAUAAGCAUAUAUACUAUAUAGGUCUAAUCAUUUUUGCAAAGCAUACUAAACUACGAGAUGAAUUUAUCAAAAGAAAGCAGAAAUCGCGCAAACUAAUAGUAAUUGUUAUAGCCGAAACAGGUUAAUUUUAGUUUUUUAUUUGUUAAACAUAUUCCACAUGUAUUUGUUGUAUUUGAAUUUGUAUUGUUAAGAUGCCAGGCGCAUUAACUGAAAACGUGUCGCAAAGCAAAGCGAAGCAAAUAGCAGCUGAGUAUAUUAAUUAUAUAUUAAACAAACAUCACACUCGCCAACACACACACACACACACGCACACACACAGACACAACUACGCAAUUAAAUUAAUCGAAUAAAUGUUGAAUUUAACGUAUGUAUACUAAAGAUAUAGCAACUGAACGUUCAAAUAAUCGAACGCACACAAUGAUUAUUGUUAAAAUAUGAUUUUUUGUCAUGCGUUUGCAUUUGUCGUUUAAGUUUAAAUGUUUGACAUUGUUAACUUUUAAGUUUAUUUAUUAUUAGCUCUACGAUUUUGUUAAUUACUUUUUGUAAACAAGACAGACGUUCUCUAUAUAAGCAAACAGCAUACAUGAGUUCCUCUCAUCAGCUACUACAACACAGCUUUAAAAACAAUAUCACAGUCGAAAUGAAAUUGUUGUAUUUGUUAAAACAAAAUAAACUUCACUACAAUUCAAAAUUGUAACGAAAUCGAAAUAAUAAUGUAACGAAAUUUUGUAACGUUAUCUAAUGUUUUUUAUAUUCAGUUCAUUAUUAAAUGCGGGUAAACGAAAGCAAGCUUUCCAAACAUGUUAUAAAUCACACACACAUUAGUAUAUGUAUAUUGUAUGUAUUUUCCCCCUAUAGAACAAUACCAAAUACUAGAGACAAACAAGUUGGAUUUUAAAACUAACCAACUUGGGUUGUUUUUUUGUUUAUCAAAUUCGCUACGCGCAAUGAAUUUAACUCUUUGAUUCCAAAACACUUUUAAUGUAAAAGAAAACCCUAAAAUAAAGAAAUUUGGAACCCCGUUA